AACGCACCCUUGCGCAUGCGCGAUAGGCCUGCAUGCAUUCUGGUUAAUGUAGGAAAAAUGAGCCCAGGGGUGUUUCUACUUUCUUGUGCGGCUGGUUGGAUAGCUUUCGUUUGCUAACUGUGGGUAGUUGCUUUAGUAUGUAUGGCAUGUAAUAGGAGCAGGAUAACUCACUUCGUUGCUCAUCGGAAGGACACAAAGCAGAAUAAAAAUGGCUGGAGAAAGCGUGAGUAUGAUCUUCAAGCUGUACUGCUUGAGUGUGAUGACACUGGUGGCAGCUACAUACACGGUGGCAUUAAGAUACACACGGACCAUUUCAACAGGAGACAUGUAUUUCUCCACCACUGCAGUUUGCCUCGCUGAGGUCAUUAAACUAAUACUGAGUCUGGGGAUGCUGACCAAAGAAUCAGGCAGCAUCAACAGACUGAAGAACACAAUAAUGGAAAACAUCAUCUUCAGCCCCAAAGAGCUGCUGAAACUGAGCGUGCCCUCCAUAGUUUACGCAAUUCAGAACAACAUGGCCUUCGUUGCACUGAGUAACCUUGAUGCAGCGGUGUAUCAGGUGACGUACCAGCUGAAGAUCCCGUGCACGGCUCUGUGCACAGUCUUCAUGCUGAACCGCUCCCUCGGCCGCUUGCAGUGGUUCUCUGUGUUCAUGCUCUGCUCUGGCGUCAUACUCGUCCAGUGGAAGCCUGCGGAGGCCACUAAAGUCCAGGUCGAGCAGAAUCCCAUCGUUGGAUUUGUUGCGGUUUCUGUCGCUGUCCUCUGCUCUGGGUUUGCAGGUGUAUAUUUUGAGAAAGUGUUGAAGAGCUCAGAUACAUCUCUGUGGGUGAGGAACAUCCAGAUGUACCUGUCCGGCAUCCUGAUCACCCUGGCCGGAGUUUACAUGAACGAUGGAGAGAAAAUCUUGGAGAAAGGUUUUUUCUUCGGCUACACACCGUGGGUGUGCUUCGUAGUCUUUCUGGCCAGUGUUGGUGGUCUUUACACGUCCGUGGUGGUGAAGUACACGGAUAAUAUCAUGAAGGGCUUCUCUGCUGCUCUGGCCAUUGUUAUCUCAACAAUAGCAUCUGUGGUGUUGUUUGGACUGCAGAUAACCAUCACAUUUGCUACCGGAGCUCUGCUGGUCUGCAUUUCCAUAUAUCUGUACGGACUUCCAAAGCUCGACACGUCCAAGCUGCAAGACAAAAAUGCGAACACAGAGUCCAAACAAAAACUGAUCACCGUGUGAGUCUGGAUCAGCAGGACCACGUUCUCCUUUGGGGUUGUGUUUUCUGGGCCGGGGGGAGCUGAAGGACUUGAUAAAUAAGAGAUAACUGAGCUAGAUUUGGUUUAUGAUACAAAAGAAAAGAGUUUUGGUUCGUUACAGCGGCUCUGCUCCUCCCUGCAUCAACGAGGUUGAUGGUGCUGUGGAUUACCAGAACAAUCAGUUUAUAUGUCGGUGAGUUAUCCAGUUAAGUGACCACUUUUAGUUAACCUAUUGUAAAAAUUGUACAGAAGUCCAGUUAAAAAAACAUCUUUAGUAUUUAAAGUGGCAUAUAAAUAAAACAUUUCUGGAGGCGUCGCUCCAGCUGCCAA